AUGGCGCAGGUCUUUUUCGAUAUCCUAGCCUCCACCUUUGGAAGCUGCCUGAGCUGUUUCCCGGGAUCGCCGACGCUCAAGAUCAACAGCCGCAGCUUCAAGAUCCUGCGACUGCUAGGAGAGGGCGGCUUCUCGUAUGUCUACCUGGUCCAAGACACGUCGACGUCGGAGCUGUUCGCGCUGAAGAAGAUCCGCUGCCCGUUCGGCGCCGAGUCGGUGGCCCAGGCCAUGAAGGAGGUCGAGGCGUACAAGCUGUUCUCGCGCAGCCCCAGCAUCAUCCACAGUGUCGACUACAGCAUCGCCAGCGAGCGCAGCGACCCCCAGAGCAAGACCGUCUACGUGCUGCUGCCCUACUACCGCCGCGGCAACCUGCAGGACCUGAUCAACGCGAACCUCGUCAACCACACCCGCUUCCCCGAGAAGCGCCUCAUGCUGCUGUUCCUGGGCGUGUGCCGCGCCCUCAAGGACAUGCACCACUACCGCCCUUCCGGGAGAGGAGCCGCCCAGGGACAGGGGCAAGGGGACCCCAGCGGGAGGAACCCCGAGAUGCGCGCCAACGGCGUCGACAAGAACGUCGAGGCCGGCAAGCAGCGCCGCGGCAAGCGGCCCAUGGAGACGGGCGCCGACGAGGACGACGAGUCGGAGCAGCAGCAGCCGCUCAUGGCCGACGAGGAGGGUGUGCCAGGCAGCGAGAUCAAGAGCUAUGCGCAUCGCGACAUCAAGCCAGGCAACAUCAUGAUCACGGACUCGGGCGCCGAGCCGAUCCUCAUGGACCUGGGGUCGAUCGCGGCGUCGCCGCUGGCCAUCACGUCGCGGUCGCUGGCUAUCGCGACGCAGGACACGGCGGCCGAGCACAGCACCAUGCCGUACCGGGCGCCGGAGCUGUUCGAUGUCAAGACGGGCACCGUGAUCGACACCAAGGUCGACAUCUGGUCGCUCGGCUGCACGCUGUACGCGUGCCUGGUCGGCAAGUCGCCCUUCGAGAUGCGCAGCGACGAGACGGGCGGCUCGCUGAGCAUCUGCGUACUAUCGGGCGACUGGCGCUUCCCCGACGAAGGGGCCGCCGCGGCUGCUAAGAAGACGGCCGCCGCCAAGAAGAGCAGCGCCGCAGCCGCAGCCGCCGCCGCUGCCGGCUCCGGCGCCAUCCCCUCUGCCCCGCCCGACGACGACGCCAUCAGCGAGCCCAUCCGCGACAUCGUGCGCAAGUGUCUCACCGUCGAGCCCGCCGAGCGCCCCGACAUCGACGAGCUCAUCGAUAUGGUCGAGUGCGUCAUCGAGGAGCUGCCCGACGAUGGAACCGCGUGA